AUGCUGCCAACGCAUCCCCCUCUCCCUGUGCCUGCACCUGGACCAUGCUGCCAACGCAUCCCCCUCUCCCUGUGCCUGCACCUGGACCGUGCUGCCAACGCAUCCCCCUCUCCCUGUGCCUGCACCUGGACCGUGCUGCCAACGCAUCCCCCUCUCCCUGUGCCUGCACCUGGACCGUGCUGCCAACGCAUCCCCCUCUCCCUGUGCCUGCACCUGGACCGUGCUGCCAACGCAUCCCCCUCUCCCUGUGCCUGCACCUGGACCGUGCUGCCAACGCAUCCCCCUCUCCCUGUGCCUGCACCUGGACCAUGCUGCCAACGCAUCCCCCUCUCCCUGUGCCUGCACCUGGACCGUGCUGCCAACGUAUCCCCCUCUCCCUGUGCCUGCACCUGGACCAUGCUGCCAACGCAUCCCCCUCUCCCUGUGCCUGCACUUGGACAAUGCUGCCAACGCAUCCCCCUCUCCCUGUGCCUGCACCUGGACCAUGCUGCCAACGCAUCCCCCUCUCCCUGUGCCUGCACCUGGACCGUGCUGCCAACGCAUCCCCCUCUCCCUGUGCCUGCACCUGGACCAUGCUGCCAACGCAUCCCCCUCUCCCUGUGCCUGCACCUGGACCAUGCUGCCAACGCAUCCCCCUCUCCCUGUGCCUGCACCUGGACCAUGCUGCCAACGCAUCCCCCUCUCCCUGUGCCUGCACCUGGACCGUGCUGCCAACGCAUCCCCCUCUCCCUGUGCCUGCACCUGGACCGUGCUGCCAACGCAUCCCCCUCUCCCUGUGCCUGCACCUGGACCAUGCUGCCAACGCAUCCCCCUCUCCCUGUGCCUGCACCUGGACCGUGCUGCCAACGCAUCCCCCUCUCCCUGUGCCUGCACCUGGACCAUGCUGCCAAUGCAUCCCCCUCUCCCUGUGCCUGCACCUGGACCAUGCUGCCAACGCAUCCCCCUCUCCCUGUGCCUGCACCUGGACCGUGCUGCCAACGCAUCCCCCUCUCCCUGUGCCUGCACCUGGACCGUGCUGCCAACGCAUCCCCCUCUCCCUGUGCCUGCACCUGGACCAUGCUGCCAACGCAUCCCCCUCUCCCUGUGCCUGCACCUGGACCGUGCUGCCAACGCAUCCCCCUCUCCCUGUGCCUGCACCUGGACCGUGCUGCCAACGCAUCCCCCUCUCCCUGUGCCUGCACCUGGACCGUGCUGCCAACGCAUCCCCCUCUCCCUGUGCCUGCACCUGGACCAUGCUGCCAACGCAUCCCCCUCUCCCUGUGCCUGCACCUGGACCGUGCUGCCAACGCAUCCCCCUCUCCCUGUGCCUGCACCUGGACCGUGCUGCCAACGCAUCCCCCUCUCCCUGUGCCUGCACCUGGACCGUGCUGCCAACGCAUCCCCCUCUCCCUGUGCCUGCACCUGGACCAUGCUGCCAACGCAUCCCCCUCUCCCUGUGCCUGCACCUGGACCAUGCUGCCAACGCAUCCCCCUCUCCCUGUGCCUGCACCUGGACCAUGCUGCCAACGCAUCCCCCUCUCCCUGUGCCUGCACCUGGACCAUGCUGCCAACGCAUCCCCCUCUCCCUGUGCCUGCACCUGGACCGUGCUGCCAACGCAUCCCCCUCUCCCUGUGCCUGCACCUGGACCGUGCUGCCAACGCAUCCCCCUCUCCCUGUGCCUGCACCUGGACCAUGCUGCCAACGCAUCCCCCUCUCCCUGUGCCUGCACCUGGACCGUGCUGCCAACGCAUCCCCCUCUCCCUGUGCCUGCACCUGGACCAUGCUGCCAAUGCAUCCCCCUCUCCCUGUGCCUGCACCUGGACCAUGCUGCCAACGUAUCCCCCUCUCCCUGUGCCUGCACCUGGACCGUGCUGCCAACGCAUCCCCCUCUCCCUGUGCCUGCACCUGGACCGUGCUGCCAACGCAUCCCCCUCUCCCUGUGCCUGCACCUGGACCAUGCUGCCAACGCAUCCCCCUCUCCCUGUGCCUGCACCUGGACCGUGCUGCCAACGCAUCCCCCUCUCCCUGUGCCUGCACCUGGACCGUGCUGCCAACGCAUCCCCCUCUCCCUGUGCCUGCACCUGGACCGUGCUGCCAACGCAUCCCCCUCUCCCUGUGCCUGCACCUGGACCAUGCUGCCAACGCAUCCCCCUCUCCCUGUGCCUGCACCUGGACCGUGCUGCCAACGCAUCCCCCUCUCCCUGUGCCUGCACCUGGACCGUGCUGCCAACGCAUCCCCCUCUCCCUGUGCCUGCACCUGGACCGUGCUGCCAACGCAUCCCCCUCUCCCUGUGCCUGCACCUGGACCAUGCUGCCAACGCAUCCCCCUCUCCCUGUGCCUGCACCUGGACCGUGCUGCCAACGCAUCCCCCUCUCCCUGUGCCUGCACCUGGACCAUGCUGCCAACGCAUCCCCCUCUCCCUGUGCCUGCACCUGGACCGUGCUGCCAACGCAUCCCCCUCUCCCUGUGCCUGCACCUGGACCGUGCUGCCAACGCAUCCCCCUCUCCCUGUGCCUGCACCUGGACCGUGCUGCCAACGCAUCCCCCUCUCCCUGUGCCUGCACCUGGACCGUGCUGCCAACGCAUCCCCCUCUCCCUGUGCCUGCACCUGGACCGUGCUGCCAACGCAUCCCCCUCUCCCUGUGCCUGCACCUGGACCGUGCUGCCAACGCAUCCCCCUCUCCCUGUGCCUGCACCUGGACCAUGCUGCCAACGCAUCCCCCUCUCCCUGUGCCUGCACCUGGACCAUGCUGCCAACGCAUCCCCCUCUCCCUGUGCCUGCACCUGGACCGUGCUGCCAACGCAUCCCCCUCUCCCUGUGCCUGCACCUGGACCGUGCUGCCAACGCAUCCCCCUCUCCCUGUGCCUGCACCUGGACCGUGCUGCCAACGCAUCCCCCUCUCCCUGUGCCUGCACCUGGACUGUGCUGCCAACGCAUCCCCCUCUCCCUGUGCCUGCACCUGGACCGUGCUGCCAACGCAUCCCCCUCUCCCUGUGCCUGCACCUGGACCAUGCUGCCAACGCAUCCCCCUCUCCCUGUGCCUGCACCUGGACCGUGCUGCCAACGUAUCCCCCUCUCCCUGUGCCUGCACCUGGACCAUGCUGCCAACGCAUCCCCCUCUCCCUGUGCCUGCACCUGGACCGUGCUGCCAACGCAUCCCCCUCUCCCUGUGCCUGCACCUGGACCGUGCUGCCAACGAAUCCCCCUCUCCCUGUGCCUGCACCUGGACCGUGCUGCCAACGCAUCCCCCUCUCCCUGUGCCUGCACCUGGACCAUGCUGCCAACGCAUCCCCCUCUCCCUGUGCCUGCACCUGGACCGUGCUGCCAACGCAUCCCCCUCUCCCUGUGUCUGCACCUGGACCGUGCUGCCAACGCAUCCCCCUCUCCCUGUGCCUGCACCUGGACCGUGCUGCCAACGCAUCCCCCUCUCCCUGUGCCUGCACCUGGACCGUGCUGCCAACGCAUCCCCCUCUCCCUGUGCCUGCACCUGGACCGUGCUGCCAACGCAUCCCCCUCUCCCUGUGCCUGCACCUGGACCGUGCUGCCAACGCAUCCCCCUCUCCCUGUGCCUGCACCUGGACCGUGCUGCCAACGCAUCCCCCUCUCCCUGUGCCUGCACCUGGACCAUGCUGCCAACGCAUCCCCCUCUCCCUGUGUCUGCACCUGGACCGUGCUGCCAACGCAUCCCCCUCUCCCUGUGCCUGCACCUGGACCGUGCUGCCAACGCAUCCCCCUCUCCCUGUGCCUGUACCUGGACCGUGCUGCCAACGCAUCCCCCUCUCCCUGUGCCUGCACCUGGACCGUGCUGCCAACGCAUCCCCCUCUCCCUGUGCCUGCACCUGGACCGUGCUGCCAACGCAUCCCCCUCUCCCUGUGCCUGCACCUGGACCGUGCUGCCAACGCAUCCCCCUCUCCCUGUGCCUGUACCUGGACCGUGCUGCCAACGCAUCCCCCUCUCCCUGUGCCUGCACCUGGACCGUGCUGCCAACGCAUCCCCCUCUCCCUGUGCCUGCACCUGGACCGUGCUGCCAACGCAUCCCCCUCUCCCUGUGCCUGCACCUGGACCGUGCUGCCAACGCAUCCCCCUCUCCCUGUGCCUGCACCUGGACCGUGCUGCCAACGCAUCCCCCUCUCCCUGUGCCUGCACCUGGACCGUGCUGCCAACGUAUCCCCCUCUCCCUGUGCCUGCACCUGGACCAUGCUGCCAACGCAUCCCCCUCUCCCUGUGCCUGCACCUGGACCGUGCUGCCAACGCAUCCCCCUCUCCCUGUGCCUGCACCUGGACCGUGCUGCCAACGAAUCCCCCUCUCCCUGUGCCUGCACCUGGACCGUGCUGCCAACGCAUCCCCCUCUCCCUGUGCCUGCACCUGGACCAUGCUGCCAACGCAUCCCCCUCUCCCUGUGCCUGCACCUGGACCGUGCUGCCAACGCAUCCCCCUCUCCCUGUGUCUGCACCUGGACCGUGCUGCCAACGCAUCCCCCUCUCCCUGUGCCUGCACCUGGACCGUGCUGCCAACGCAUCCCCCUCUCCCUGUGCCUGCACCUGGACCGUGCUGCCAACGCAUCCCCCUCUCCCUGUGCCUGCACCUGGACCGUGCUGCCAACGCAUCCCCCUCUCCCUGUGCCUGCACCUGGACCGUGCUGCCAACGUAUCCCCCUCUCCCUGUGCCUGCACCUGGACCGUGCUGCCAACGCAUCCCCCUCUCCCUGUGCCUGCACCUGGACCGUGCUGCCAACGCAUCCCCCUCUCCCUGUGCCUGCACCUGGACCGUGCUGCCAACGCAUCCCCCUCUCCCUGUGCCUGCACCUGGACCAUGCUGCCAACGCAUCCCCCUCUCCCUGUGCCUGCACCUGGACCGUGCUGCCAACGCAUCCCCCUCUCCCUGUGCCUGCACCUGGACCGUGCUGCCAACGCAUCCCCCUCUCCCUGUGCCUGCACCUGGACCGUGCUGCCAACGCAUCCCCCUCUCCCUGUGCCUGCACCUGGACCGUGCUGCCAACGCAUCCCCCUCUCCCUGUGCCUGCACCUGGACCGUGCUGCCAACGCAUCCCCCUCUCCCUGUGCCUGCACCUGGACCGUGCUGCCAACGCAUCCCCCUCUCCCUGUGCCUGCACCUGGACCGUGCUGCCAACGCAUCCCCCUCUCCCUGUGCCUGCACCUGGACCGUGCUGCCAACGCAUCCCCCUCUCCCUGUGCCUGCACCUGGACCAUGCUGCCAACGCAUCCCCCUCUCCCUGUGCCUGCACCUGGACCGUGCUGCCAACGCAUCCCCCUCUCCCUGUGUCUGCACCUGGACCGUGCUGCCAACGCAUCCCCCUCUCCCUGUGCCUGCACCUGGACCGUGCUGCCAACGCAUCCCCCUCUCCCUGUGCCUGCACCUGGACCGUGCUGCCAACGCAUCCCCCUCUCCCUGUGCCUGCACCUGGACCGUGCUGCCAACGCAUCCCCCUCUCCCUGUGCCUGCACCUGGACCGUGCUGCCAACGCAUCCCCCUCUCCCUGUGCCUGCACCUGGACCGUGCUGCCAACGCAUCCCCCUCUCCCUGUGCCUGCACCUGGACCGUGCUGCCAACGCAUCCCCCUCUCCCUGUGCCUGCACCUGGACCGUGCUGCCAACGCAUCCCCCUCUCCCUGUGCCUGCACCUGGACCGUGCUGCCAACGCAUCCCCCUCUCCCUGUGCCUGCACCUGGACCAUGCUGCCAACGCAUCCCCCUCUCCCUGUGCCUGCACCUGGACCGUGCUGCCAACGCAUCCCCCUCUCCCUGUGCCUGCACCUGGACCGUGCUGCCAACGCAUCCCCCUCUCCCUGUGCCUGCACCUGGACCGUGCUGCCAACGCAUCCCCCUCUCCCUGUGCCUGCACCUGGACCAUGCUGCCAACGCAUCCCCCUCUCCCUGUGCCUGCACCUGGACCGUGCUGCCAACGCAUCCCCCUCUCCCUGUGCCUGCACCUGGACCGUGCUGCCAACGCAUCCCCCUCUCCCUGUGCCUGCACCUGGACCGUGCUGCCAACGCAUCCCCCUCUCCCUGUGUCUGCACCUGGACCGUGCUGCCAACGCAUCCCCCUCUCCCUGUGCCUGCACCUGGACCGUGCUGCCAACGCAUCCCCCUCUCCCUGUGCCUGCACCUGGACCGUGCUGCCAACGCAUCCCCCUCUCCCUGUGCCUGCACCUGGACCGUGCUGCCAACGUAUCCCCCUCUCCCUGUGCCUGCACCUGGACCGUGCUGCCAACGCAUCCCCCUCUCCCUGUGCCUGCACCUGGACCGUGCUGCCAACGCAUCCCCCUCUCCCUGUGCCUGCACCUGGACCGUGCUGCCAACGCAUCCCCCUCUCCCUGUGCCUGCACCUGGACCGUGCUGCCAACGCAUCCCCCUCUCCCUGUGCCUGCACCUGGACCGUGCUGCCAACGCAUCCCCCUCUCCCUGUGCCUGCACCUGGACCAUGCUGCCAACGCAUCCCCCUCUCCCUGUGCCUGCACCUGGACCGUGCUGCCAACGCAUCCCCCUCUCCCUGUGCCUGCACCUGGACCGUGCUGCCAACGCAUCCCCCUCUCCCUGUGCCUGCACCUGGACCGUGCUGCCAACGCAUCCCCCUCUCCCUGUGUCUGCACCUGGACCGUGCUGCCAACGCAUCCCCCUCUCCCUGUGCCUGCACCUGGACCGUGCUGCCAACGCAUCCCCCUCUCCCUGUGCCUGCACCUGGACCGUGCUGCCAACGCAUCCCCCUCUCCCUGUGCCUGCACCUGGACCGUGCUGCCAACGCAUCCCCCUCUCCCUGUGCCUGCACCUGGACCGUGCUGCCAACGCAUCCCCCUCUCCCUGUGCCUGCACCUGGACCGUGCUGCCAACGCAUCCCCCUCUCCCUGUGCCUGCACCUGGACCGUGCUGCCAACGCAUCCCCCUCUCCCUGUGCCUGUACCUGGACCGUGCUGCCAACGCAUCCCCCUCUCCCUGUGCCUGCACCUGGACCGUGCUGUCAACGCAUCCCCCUCUCCCUGUGCCUGCACCUGGACCGUGCUGCCAACGCAUCCCCCUCUCCCUGUGCCUGCACCUGGACCGUGCUGCCAACGCAUCCCCCUCUCCCUGUGCCUGCACCUGGACCGUGCUGCCAACGCAUCCCCCUCUCCCUGUGCCUGCACCUGGACCGUGCUGCCAACGCAUCCCCCUCUCCCUGUGCCUGCACCUGGACCGUGCUGCCAACGCAUCCCCCUCUCCCUGUGCCUGCACCUGGACCGUGCUGCCAACGCAUCCCCCUCUCCCUAUGUCUGCACCUGGACCGUGCUGCCAACGCAUCCCCCUCUCCCUGUGCCUGCACCUGGACCGUGCUGCCAACGCAUCCCCCUCUCCCUGUGCCUGCACCUGGACCGUGCUGCCAACGCAUCCCCCUCUCCCUGUGCCUGCACCUGGACCGUGCUGCCAACGUAUCCCCCUCUCCCUGUGCCUGCACCUGGACCGUGCUGCCAACGCAUCCCCCUCUCCCUGUGCCUGCACCUGGACCGUGCUGCCAACGCAUCCCCCUCUCCCUGUGUCUGCACCUGGACCGUGCUGCCAACGCAACCCCCUCUCCCUGUGCCUGCACCUGGACCGUGCUGCCAACGCAUCCCCCUCUCCCUGUGCCUGCACCUGGACCGUGCUGCCAACGCAUCCCCCUCUCCCUGUGCCUGCACCUGGACCGUGCUGCCAACGCAUCCCCCUCUCCCUGUGUCUGCACCUGGACCGUGCUGCCAACGCAACCCCCUCUCCCUGUGCCUGCACCUGGACCGUGCUGCCAACGCAUCCCCCUCUCCCUGUGCCUGCACCUGGACCGUGCUGCCAACGCAUCCCCCUCUCCCUGUGUCUGCACCUGGACCGUGCUGCCAACGCAUCCCCCUCUCCCUGUGCCUGCACCUGGACCGUGCUGCCAACGCAUCCCCCUCUCCCUGUGCCUGCACCUGGACCGUGCUGCCAACGCAUCCCCCUCUCCCUGUGCCUGCACCUGGACCGUGCUGCCAACGCAUCCCCCUCUCCCUGUGCCUGCACCUGGACCGUGCUGCCAACGUAUCCCCCUCUCCCUGUGCCUGCACCUGGACCGUGCUGCCAACGCAUCCCCCUCUCCCUGUGCCUGCACCUGGACCGUGCUGCCAACGCAUCCCCCUCUCCCUGUGUCUGCACCUGGACCGUGCUGCCAACGCAACCCCCUCUCCCUGUGCCUGCACCUGGACCGUGCUGCCAACGCAUCCCCCUCUCCCUGUGCCUGCACCUGGACCGUGCUGCCAACGCAUCCCCCUCUCCCUGUGUCUGCACCUGGACCGUGCUGCCAACGCAUCCCCCUCUCCCUGUGCCUGCACCUGGACCGUGCUGCCAACGCAUCCCCCUCUCCCUGUGCCUGCACCUGGACCGUGCUGCCAACGCAUCCCCCUCUCCCUGUGCCUGCACCUGGACCGUGCUGCCAACGUAUCCCCCUCUCCCUGUGCCUGCACCUGGACCGUGCUGCCAACGCAUCCCCCUCUCCCUGUGCCUGCACCUGGACCGUGCUGCCAACGCAUCCCCCUCUCCCUGUGCCUGCACCUGGACCGUGCUGCCAACGCAUCCCCCUCUCCCUGUGCCUGCACCUGGACCAUGCUGCCAACGCAUCCCCCUCUCCCUGUGCCUGCACCUGGACCGUGCUGCCAACGCAUCCCCCUCUCCCUGUGCCUGCACCUGGACCAUGCUGCCAACGCAUCCCCCUCUCCCUGUGCCUGCACCUGGACCGUGCUGCCAACGCAUCCCCCUCUCCCUGUGCCUGCACCUGGACCAUGCUGCCAAUGCAUCCCCCUCUCCCUGUGCCUGCACCUGGACCAUGCCGCCAACGCAUCCCCCUCUCCCUGUGCCUGCACCUGGACCGUGCUGCCAACGCAUCCCCCUCUCCCUGUGCCUGCACCUGGACCAUGCUGCCAACGCAUCCCCCUCUCCCUGUGCCUGCACCUGGACCGUGCUGCCAACGCAUCCCCCUCUCCCUGUGCCUGCACCUGGACCGUGCUGCCAACGCAUCCCCCUCUCCCUGUGCCUGCACCUGGACCGUGCUGCCAACGUAUCCCCCUCUCCCUGUGCCUGCACCUGGACCGUGCUGCCAACGCAUCCCCCUCUCCCUGUGCCUGCACCUGGACCGUGCUGCCAACGCAUCCCCCUCUCCCUGUGUCUGCACCUGGACCGUGCUGCCAACGCAACCCCCUCUCCCUGUGCCUGCACCUGGACCGUGCUGCCAACGCAUCCCCCUCUCCCUGUGCCUGCACCUGGACCGUGCUGCCAACGCAUCCCCCUCUCCCUGUGUCUGCACCUGGACCGUGCUGCCAACGCAUCCCCCUCUCCCUGUGCCUGCACCUGGACCGUGCUGCCAACGCAUCCCCCUCUCCCUGUGCCUGCACCUGGACCGUGCUGCCAACGCAUCCCCCUCUCCCUGUGCCUGCACCUGGACCGUGCUGCCAACGUAUCCCCCUCUCCCUGUGCCUGCACCUGGACCGUGCUGCCAACGCAUCCCCCUCUCCCUGUGCCUGCACCUGGACCGUGCUGCCAACGCAUCCCCCUCUCCCUGUGCCUGCACCUGGACCGUGCUGCCAACGCAUCCCCCUCUCCCUGUGCCUGCACCUGGACCAUGCUGCCAACGCAUCCCCCUCUCCCUGUGCCUGCACCUGGACCGUGCUGCCAACGCAUCCCCCUCUCCCUGUGCCUGCACCUGGACCAUGCUGCCAAUGCAUCCCCCUCUCCCUGUGCCUGCACCUGGACCAUGCCGCCAACGCAUCCCCCUCUCCCUGUGCCUGCACCUGGACCGUGCUGCCAACGCAUCCCCCUCUCCCUGUGCCUGCACCUGGACCAUGCUGCCAACGCAUCCCCCUCUCCCUGUGCCUGCACCUGGACCGUGCUGCCAACGCAUCCCCCUCUCCCUGUGCCUGCACCUGGACCGUGCUGCCAACGCAUCCCCCUCUCCCUGUGCCUGCACCUGGACCGUGCUGCCAACGCAUCCCCCUCUCCCUGUGCCUGCACCUGGACCGUGCUGCCAACGCAUCCCCCUCUCCCUGUGCCUGCACCUGGACCGUGCUGCCAACGUAUCCCCCUCUCCCUGUGCCUGCACCUGGACCGUGCUGCCAACGCAUCCCCCUCUCCCUGUGCCUGCACCUGGACCGUGCUGCCAACGCAUCCCCCUCUCCCUGUGCCUGCACCUGGACCGUGCUGCCAACGCAUCCCCCUCUCCCUGUGCCUGCACCUGGACCGUGCUGCCAACGCAUCCCCCUCUCCCUGUGCCUGCACCUGGACCGUGCUGCCAACGCAUCCCCCUCUCCCUGUGCCUGCACCUGGACCGUGCUGCCAACGUAUCCCCCUCUCCCUGUGCCUGCACCUGGACCGUGCUGCCAACGCAUCCCCCUCUCCCUGUGCCUGCACCUGGACCGUGCUGCCAACGCAUCCCCCUCUCCCUGUGCCUGCACCUGGACCGUGCUGCCAACGCAUCCCCCUCUCCCUGUGCCUGCACCUGGACCGUGCUGCCAACGCAUCCCCCUCUCCCUCUGCCUGCACCUGGACCGUGCUGCCAACGCAUCCCCCUCUCCCUGUGCCUGCACCUGGACCGUGCUGCCAACGCAUCCCCCUCUCCCUGUGCCUGCACCUGGACCGUGCUGCCAACGCAUCCCCCUCUCCCUGUGCCUGCACCUGGACCGUGCUGCCAACGCAUCCCCCUCUCCCUGUGUCUGCACCUGGACCGUGCUGCCAACGCAUCCCCCUCUCCCUGUGCCUGCACCUGGACCGUGCUGCCAACGCAUCCCCCUCUCCCUGUGCCUGCACCUGGACCGUGCUGCCAACGCAUCCCCCUCUCCCUGUGCCUGCACCUGGACCGUGCUGCCAACGCAUCCCCCUCUCCCUGUGCCUGCACCUGGACCGUGCUGCCAACGCAUCCCCCUCUCCCUGUGCCUGCACCUGGACCGUGCUGCCAACGCAUCCCCCUCUCCCUGUGCCUGCACCUGGACCGUGCUGCCAACGCAUCCCCCUCUCCCUGUGCCUGCACCUGGACCGUGCUGCCAACGCAUCCCCCUCUCCCUGUGCCUGCACCUGGACCGUGCUGCCAAUGCAUCCCCCUCUCCCUAUGUCUGCACCUGGACCGUGCUGCCAACGCAUCCCCCUCUCCCUGUGCCUGCACCUGGACCGUGCUGCCAACGCAUCCCCCUCUCCCUGUGCCUGCACCUGGACCGUGCUGCCAACGCAUCCCCCUCUCCCUGUGCCUGCACCUGGACCGUGCUGCCAACGUAUCCCCCUCUUCCUGUGCCUGCACCUGGACCGUGCUGCCAACGCAUCCCCCUCUCCCUGUGCCUGCACCUGGACCGUGCUGCCAACGCAUCCCCCUCUCCCUGUGCCUGCACCUGGACCGUGCUGCCAACGCAUCCCCCUCUCCCUGUGCCUGCACCUGGACCGUGCUGCCAACGCAUCCCCCUCUCCCUGUGCCUGCACCUGGACCGUGCUGCCAACGCAUCCCCCUCUCCCUGUGUCUGCACCUGGACCGUGCUGCCAACGCAUCCCCCUCUCCCUGUGCCUGCACCUGGACCGUGCUGCCAACGCAUCCCCCUCUCCCUGUGCCUGCACCUGGACCGUGCUGCCAACGCAUCCCCCUCUCCCUGUGCCUGCACCUGGACCGUGCUGCCAACGCAUCCCCCUCUCCCUGUGCCUGCACCUGGACCGUGCUGCCAACGCAUCCCCCUCUCCCUGUGCCUGCACCUGGACCGUGCUGCCAACGCAUCCCCCUCUCCCUGUGCCUGCACCUGGACCGUGCUGCCAACGCAUCCCCCUCUCCCUGUGCCUGCACCUGGACCGUGCUGCCAACGCAUCCCCCUCUCCCUGUGCCUGCACCUGGACCGUGCUGCCAACGCAUCCCCCUCUCCCUAUGUCUGCACCUGGACCGUGCUGCCAACGCAUCCCCCUCUCCCUGUGCCUGCACCUGGACCGUGCUGCCAACGCAUCCCCCUCUCCCUGUGCCUGCACCUGGACCGUGCUGCCAACGCAUCCCCCUCUCCCUGUGCCUGCACCUGGACCGUGCUGCCAACGUAUCCCCCUCUUCCUGUGCCUGCACCUGGACCGUGCUGCCAACGCAUCCCCCUCUCCCUGUGCCUGCACCUGGACCGUGCUGCCAACGCAUCCCCCUCUCCCUGUGCCUGCACCUGGACCGUGCUGCCAACGCAUCCCCCUCUCCCUGUGCCUGCACCUGGACCGUGCUGCCAACGCAUCCCCCUCUCCCUGUGCCUGCACCUGGACCGUGCUGCCAACGCAUCCCCCUCUCCCUGUGCCUGCACCUGGACCGUGCUGCCAACGCAUCCCCCUCUCCCUGUGUCUGCACCUGGACCGUGCUGCCAACGCAACCCCCUCUCCCUGUGCCUGCACCUGGACCGUGCUGCCAACGCAUCCCCCUCUCCCUGUGCCUGCACCUGGACCGUGCUGCCAACGCAUCCCCCUCUCCCUGUGUCUGCACCUGGACCGUGCUGCCAACGCAACCCCCUCUCCCUGUGCCUGCACCUGGACCGUGCUGCCAACGCAUCCCCCUCUCCCUGUGCCUGCACCUGGACCGUGCUGCCAACGCAUCCCCCUCUCCCUGUGUCUGCACCUGGACCGUGCUGCCAACGCAUCCCCCUCUCCCUGUGCCUGCACCUGGACCGUGCUGCCAACGCAUCCCCCUCUCCCUGUGCCUGCACCUGGACCGUGCUGCCAACGUAUCCCCCUCUCCCUGUGCCUGCACCUGGACCGUGCUGCCAACGCAUCCCCCUCUCCCUGUGCCUGCACCUGGACCGUGCUGCCAACGCAUCCCCCUCUCCCUGUGCCUGCACCUGGACCGUGCUGCCAACGCAUCCCCCUCUCCCUGUGCCUGCACCUGGACCGUGCUGCCAACGCUUCCCCCUCUCCCUGUGCCUGCACCUGGACCGUGCUGCCAACGCAUCCCCCUCUCCCUGUGCCUGCACCUGGACCGUGCUGCCAACGCAUCCCCCUCUCCCUGUGCCUGCAACCUGGACCGUGCUGCCAACGCAUCCCCCUCUCCCUGUGCCUGCACCUGGACCGUGCUGCCAACGCAUCCCCCUCUCCCUGUGCCUGCACCUGGACCGUGCUGCCAACGCAUCCCCCUCUCCCUGUGUCUGCACCUGGACCGUGCUGCCAACGCAUCCCCCUCUCCCUGUGCCUGCACCUGGACCGUGCUGCCAACGCAUCCCCCUCUCCCUGUGCCUGCACCUGGACCGUGCUGCCAACGCAUCCCCCUCUCCCUGUGCCUGCACCUGGACCGUGCUGCCAACGCAUCCCCCUCUCCCUGUGCCUGCACCUGGACCGUGCUGCCAACGCAUCCCCCUCUCCCUGUGCCUGCACCUGGACCGUGCUGCCAACGCAUCCCCCUCUCCCUGUGCCUGCACCUGGACCGUGCUGCCAACGCAUCCCCCUCUCCCUGUGCCUGCACCUGGACCGUGCUGCCAACGCAUCCCCCUCUCCCUGUGCCUGCACCUGGACCGUGCUGCCAACGCAUCCCCCUCUCCCUAUGUCUGCACCUGGACCGUGCUGCCAACGCAUCCCCCUCUCCCUGUGCCUGCACCUGGACCGUGCUGCCAACGCAUCCCCCUCUCCCUGUGCCUGCACCUGGACCGUGCUGCCAACGCAUCCCCCUCUCCCUGUGCCUGCACCUGGACCGUGCUGCCAACGUAUCCCCCUCUUCCUGUGCCUGCACCUGGACCGUGCUGCCAACGCAUCCCCCUCUCCCUGUGCCUGCACCUGGACCGUGCUGCCAACGCAUCCCCCUCUCCCUGUGCCUGCACCUGGACCGUGCUGCCAACGCAUCCCCCUCUCCCUGUGCCUGCACCUGGACCGUGCUGCCAACGCAUCCCCCUCUCCCUGUGCCUGCACCUGGACCGUGCUGCCAACGCAUCCCCCUCUCCCUGUGUCUGCACCGGGACCGUGCUGCCAACGCAUCCCCCUCUCCCUGUGCCUGCACCUGGACCGUGCUGCCAACGCAUCCCCCUCUCCCUGUGCCUGCACCUGGACCGUGCUGCCAACGCAUCCCCCUCUCCCUGUGCCUGCACCUGGACCGUGCUGCCAACGCAUCCCCCUCUCCCUGUGCCUGCACCUGGACCGUGCUGCCAACGCAUCCCCCUCUCCCUGUGCCUGCACCUGGACCGUGCUGCCAACGCAUCCCCCUCUCCCUGUGCCUGCACCUGGACCGUGCUGCCAACGCAUCCCCCUCUCCCUGUGCCUGCACCUGGACCGUGCUGCCAACGCAUCCCCCUCUCCCUGUGCCUGCACCUGGACCGUGCUGCCAACGCAUCCCCCUCUCCCUAUGUCUGCACCUGGACCGUGCUGCCAACGCAUCCCCCUCUCCCUGUGCCUGCACCUGGACCGUGCUGCCAACGCAUCCCCCUCUCCCUGUGCCUGCACCUGGACCGUGCUGCCAACGCAUCCCCCUCUCCCUGUGCCUGCACCUGGACCGUGCUGCCAACGUAUCCCCCUCUUCCUGUGCCUGCACCUGGACCGUGCUGCCAACGCAUCCCCCUCUCCCUGUGCCUGCACCUGGACCGUGCUGCCAACGCAUCCCCCUCUCCCUGUGCCUGCACCUGGACCGUGCUGCCAACGCAUCCCCCUCUCCCUGUGCCUGCACCUGGACCGUGCUGCCAACGCAUCCCCCUCUCCCUGUGCCUGCACCUGGACCGUGCUGCCAACGCAUCCCCCUCUCCCUGUGCCUGCACCUGGACCGUGCUGCCAACGCAUCCCCCUCUCCCUGUGUCUGCACCUGGACCGUGCUGCCAACGCAACCCCCUCUCCCUGUGCCUGCACCUGGACCGUGCUGCCAACGCAUCCCCCUCUCCCUGUGCCUGCACCUGGACCGUGCUGCCAACGCAUCCCCCUCUCCCUGUGUCUGCACCUGGACCGUGCUGCCAACGCAACCCCCUCUCCCUGUGCCUGCACCUGGACCGUGCUGCCAACGCAUCCCCCUCUCCCUGCACGCCUGCCCGUGCCUCACGCCUGCCUGUGCCUCACGCCUGCCCUCUGCCCCUGCGCUGCCCUCUCCUUCCCCCUCGGCCCCUCGUGUCUUCCCCACACGCGGCCACGCCCCAACCACACCAGGACGUGACGACGUGGCAGAUGUGCGCAACCUCACCUUCAUCUACACCCUACGCUCCAACACACCUUGCUGCCGCUCUCCGUCUUCCCCGCGCCUCUUGCGCCUCUCCCUCUCACGCCCCCACCACACCAGGACGUGGCAGAUGUGCGCAACCUCGCCUUCAUCUACACCCUUGCAGGCGGUACGUGCUUUGCUGUGCUGGGGUGCAUGCAUGGGGGAUAUGCACUGCCAUGCUCGAGGUACAGUGGUGGAAUGCUCUUGAGGCUUAUCCGCACCCCCACCCGUUCUUCCCUCCAGUGGACUGCAUCGACUGUGCAGCGGACACAGCAGUGGUGGCGGCGGCAAGGGAUGGCAUCAGUGCCGCCACGGCGUGGGCUGCACGCACCCUCAGGGGUGGGCGCGUAUAUGGGGGGGCAGCGGCAGCUGCCCAGAGGGACGGGCGCGUGGGGGAAGCAGUAGGGGAGCUGAGGGGUGGGAGGGGAGGGGAGGUUCCAGGGGAGGGGCUGUGGGGCGGCAGGGCUGGAGGGGGGGAUGUGGAGGGGGGCAGGCGGCCAUGGGUGAUGGUGAGUGUGAGCGAUGGGCAGGACCCGCACUUCCGCAAAGCAGUAUUCGACGCCUCUCUCUGUCCGACCACCUGCCCUCGGCCCUGUGAGCGAGUCUGCCCCGCCGCUGCUAUCCGCUUCCUACCCGCUGCCGCAGAUGCUGGCCUCACUGCUGCACAGGCCAGCAUGGCCGGAAGCAGCAGCAGCAGCAGCAGCAGCAGCAGCAGCAGCAGCGAUGGGUUGAUAGCAGAGCGGUGCUAUGGCUGUGGCCGAUGCAUCCCUGUAUGCCCCCUGGGUCUCAUCUUGGCGGAGGAGCACCAGCGAACAGAGGAGGACGCGUUGAACCUCCUGAGAAGCGGGCUUGUUGAUGCCAUCGAAAUACACACGCUGCCAGGCCACCUGGACGAGUUCAACGCCUUGUGGGCAUCCAUCGGUGAAGCAGCAGGGGCCCUCAAGCUUGUUGCUGUGAGUCUGCCAGACCUGGGGGACAGCAUGCCAGUUGCCAUGCAUGCCAUGCACCGCACCAUGCUGCCACACCUCUCUGCUGCCAACCUCUGGCAGUUGGACGGUCGCCCCAUGAGUGGGGACAUAGGCGCCGGGGCGACACGUGCUGCAAUCCGAUUGGCUGCCCGAGUGGCUGCAUUCCACGACGGACCGCCAGGGUAUUUGCAAAUAGCAGGCGGCACCAACAGUCACACUUUCACCGCGUUAAAACAACAAGGGCUGCUGCCUGCUUCUGCGUCUGAUCAUGGGCGCACAGUUGCAGGCGUGGCGUUUGGCGGGCAUGCACGCAAG